AUGAAGAUCGAAAUUGUCGUUGCUCCUAAUGCCGGUCCAAUUACUCAGCGUAUUGGUGGGAUGAAUGAGUCUCGUCCAUCCACACGUGGUACUGGAGGAAGUCGUGGUAUUUCCACAAGAGGUCGAGGUCGCGGAGCUCGAAGAGCUGAUAAUAGACCAAAAAAGACACAAGAAGAAUUGGAUGCUGAGAUGAGCGAAUAUAUGCAGAUUGAUGAGGAAGCAAAUCAAGCUGGUGAUUCUGCUACGACUCAAUUGACACAAUGA